GAGCGCGCGCGCCCGGAGACUCCGGGAGCGCACAGAUCAAGAGCUCAGUUCCAUCCAGCCCUGAUCUGUGGCUGUUCCUUACGCGUUGGAACAAGUGUCCGCGGCUUUUGUGCGGGAUUCACGGAUUCACUGUGCGGGGAUGAAGCACGUACGGACUCACGCGCGCGCGUCCAUGGAAUAACACGAUCGCUGUAACCUUCGGCAGAUUGCAUUGGAUUUGAGGCGAUGAUGGAUUCAUUUUGCGCGCACUUUCUACUGUCGGAGUGAAGACGCGCGUCUGUGUGUGUGUGUGUGUGUGUGUGUGUGUGUGUGUGUGUGUGUGUGUGUGUGUGUGUGUGUGAAAAGUGGAUCAUGAGCUGCACUCCGGCGUCUGUGUGUUUCUGCACGUUUUCUAACAGAUCUGAGCGCUCUGCGGUCAUGAGAAGAGCAGACGGUGUGGAUUAGACUAUUUUCAUUCCCCGACUUUUUUUUUUUUUUUUUUUUUUUGGACGUCGUCACUUUCCUUUCUCUCUCCAUGUGGGAUCUAACACGGCUUCUCCUCGGUGGCCUGGAAUGAAAUGAUGGCGACACGUCAGGGUGAUGAUGGGGAACGUGCAGCCACACCGCCGGCACGUGAGUGUAAGAAGGAUGGUCCGAGUGAGCUGUCCCCUGUGUCCCCCGUGUCCCCCGUGUCCCUCGUGUCCUCCGCACCUGUGGAGCAGCUCUUCUCCUGGCCAGGACCUAAAACUCUGCACCUACACCGAACCUCACAGGGCUUCGGCUUCACGCUGCGUCACUUCAUCGUCUACCCUCCUGAGUCUGCUGUACACUCCUCAUUUACGGAUGAAGACAAUGGAAGUCGAGGGAGGCCGCGGUGUCGUCUCGAGCCGAUGGACACUAUCUUUGUGAAACAGGUGAAGGAGGGAGGCUCCGCCCACCAAGCCGGGCUUUGCACAGGUGAUCGUAUAGUGAAAGUGAACGGUGAGAGCAUCAUCGGGAAAACAUACUCACAAGUCAUAGCACUCAUACAGGACAGUGACACGUCUCUGGAGCUCUGUGUGAUGCCUAAAGAUGAAGAUAUAUUGCAGUUGUUCUCCCGGGACAUCACAGCUCUGGCCUAUUCCAAAGAUGCAUAUCUUAAAGGGAAUGAAGCAUAUAGUGGAAAUGCGCAAAACAUCCCAGAACCUCCUCCUAUCUGCUACCCUCGGAUAGAGACUAAGACGUCAGGGAUGACACAUACCGAUGAGCCUUCUACUCCCGCGGGAGCCCAUGGAGUGUUGUCCCAAGGGGCGGAGCCAAGCUCUGAUACGAUCUAUUCUGUGGAAGUCCCUACUACACAGUUGUCUCCAUCUUCUCCUCAUCCACAUGUCUCCAAACUCCAGACUGUCACAUGCAUAUACGAUGAAACUGUACACGUUGCAGGGGCAGAGGUUUCUGAUUCUCCGGACCGUUCUCCUCACCUGCAUGGCACAAGCAAUAAUCUCAGGUUUCAGGAGACAAAAAACACACCUCUUUGUACCUCAUCUCUGGAAAACAUUUCCUCGGUUCGUCCGCGAUCCCAAACCACGCCUUGUCCUUCUUCUGGCAGAGGGACACAGUUUCACUACACACCAAAAAGACCAUCAGAAUCACCGGGAUUCUCCACACACAUUCCUCCGUUUCAUCCUGGCUCCACAUCCACGCCGUCUGGCAGACAUGCCAUGGGCCAUUUCACAAACUCUCCUACAGCAAUUGCAUCAUCUCCCUGCUCCCCAAUGCACCAGAACAUUGACUGGAGAAAUUACACCACCUACAAGGAGUACAUUGACAACAAGCGCCUUUAUACCUAUAGUAGCAGGACCAUACAAGAAAGACUGGACAGCCUGCGAGCUGCAAGCCAAACUAAUAAAGCAAACAUGAGUACAGAGGGCAUGAAUGGAUCCCAGCCAAGGCAGAGGAGCAUGUGCCAUGAGCGAGGUUCUGCGAAUGCUGGAGUCCAGUCUCUAUGCAGCAAGUCUCAGGAAAGACUGGAAGUAAAGGAACGAGUAACCUCAAGAAACUGGCAUCGGAGUGCAUCACAGGAUGCGAUUCCUUUAUCCUCAAAGAGCACAUACAAACCUCGGGCAAGAUCUUGCGACUACCUGGGCAGACAAGCUGAGGGCAGGGUGUCAUUGAUAGACAGGAGGGUUUAUGGAAGGACAGAGACGGAGGAAAAGGCACUUAACUGCACUGGAGAGGAGACAAAAGACUGCAGGCAGUCACUCUCGUUAGGCAAAGGGGCACAGACUCAAAGGAACAUGGUAGCUGGAUAUGGCAGUUUCCCAGGACUCAAUGCUAAAAGUAAAGGUACAGAUCCAGUUCUAAGCUCCAGAGCAGAGAGUCUGGAUAAUGCUGCUGCUUCUACGUCAGGGCUUUCCAUUCAGACCUCCAGACUGGACGACUCCUACGUAGCCAAGGCUCUCGCUUCCUUAAACACGGGUGUUACCACAACUUUGGUGACCACAAAAAAACAAAGAACCGACCUUAUGCCAAAUCACAUGUCUCCCGUACGACAGCAUGAAGGCCAUUUGGAGCCCACGGGUUCCAUUCCUCGCCCUGACCAGUCCAAAUGUCAAAGGACUCAGCAGGAAGGGGCUUCAGUAGCCACUAAUGGCUCGGUUGUAGAAGGUCUCGAAGGCGCUGAGGCCACAGUGGUGGUGGUGAGGAGGGAUAAAACAAAAAAGUCAGGUCCUUCACAGUCAGGUCCUCUCAGACACCCGUCCUACAUCCAGGCUGUGAAUGAUGGAGCAGGAAGAGUGGAGAAUAUCACAAAGAAGUGCUGGGGGUCCAGAAAUGCUGUGCAAGACGGAUUCACACACUGGUUCGGAGAGGAAUACAAACCUUCAGGAUCCGGCCAACUGCACGAGUCCCUCGACUCUAUCCCCUUCAUCGAUGAGCCGUCCAGCCCCAGCACUGACUUCGAUGACACGCAGUUCCCUGUUUGCACCGUCGUCUCGGCUGUUCCUCCGAGUCCCACCUCCUCCUCUGCCAUUUUUCACCGCCAGCUCUCUCACGGUCAAGACUCCAUGCGGUUCACAGUUCAAGAUUCUGAUUCUGGCACUAAAACUGAGCGUUCCAAGUCCUGCGAUGAGGGACUGGACACCUACAGGGACAAAGGACAAGGGACACUGAUAAAGAACAUCGGUCUGAGGGGACUUAGGAAGACUGUGGAUCAGUCCUCAGAAGAUUCUGGCUCUAGGAGAAACUCUUUAUCUGACGUCUUUGUUAACACUACUAAGGAGGGAGUCCUGCACUUCCGCCAGUUCAGUUCAGACAAGGGCAAGCGUGUAGGCGGAGGCAUGCGGCCGUGGAAGCAGUUGUAUGCUGUUCUCCGUGGCCACUCCCUCUAUCUAUAUAAGGACAAGAAGGAGGGGCAAACACCAAACUCGCACACGGAGGAGGAGCCUUUAUCCAUUAGCAUUAAGGCUUGUCUGAUCGACAUCUCCUACAGCGACACCAAGAGGAAGAACGUGCUGAGGUUGACCACGUCGGACUGUGAGUACCUGUUCCAGGCAGAGGACAGAGAGGACAUGCUCGCCUGGAUACGCGCCAUUCAGGAGAACAGCAACCUGGAUGAAGAGAACGCUCUGAUUACCAGCACAGACCUCAUCAACCGCAAAAUUAAGGAGUACAACACACUGAUGAGUCCAACCAGCAGUAAGACGGAGCCAUCCCCGAGGUCGUCUCGUCAGUCUCUGAGUAUCAGACACACUCUACUGGGAGGAAACAAAACCCCGAGUCCUCACUCCACCCACAAGGAGCAGGAGAGGAGGCUCAUACACAGAGAUGAAGCGAGUCCACCGAAGGAGAAGGGACUGCGGAGGAAAGGGAUCCCGGGGCUGAUGAGGAAGACGUUUGAGAAGAAGGUUGUUCCUGGAGUCACUUUUGGUGUGAGACUGGACGACUGUCCUCCUGCUCACACAAACAGAUUUGUACCCCUGAUUGUAGAGGUGUGCUGUAAGCUGGUGGAGGAGAGGGGGUUGGAGUACACAGGGAUUUACAGAGUCCCGGGGAACAACGCUGCCAUCUCCAGCAUGCAGGAGGAACUGAACAGAGGAGUGGGACAGAUCGACGUUCAGGAGGAUAAAUGGAAGGACCUCAAUGUGAUCAGCAGUUUAUUAAAAUCUUUUUUCCGGAAGCUUCCUGAUCCUCUCUUUACCAACGAGAAAUAUGCUGACUUUAUUGAUGCAAACAGAACCGAGGACCCAGUGGAGAGGCUGAAAGUACUGAAGAAGCUGCUUCAUGAGUUGCCUGAUCAUCACUAUGAGACCCUGAAGUUCCUCUCAGCUCACUUGAAAACUGUGGCUGAAAACUCUGAGAAGAACAAAAUGGAGCCACGGAACCUGGCCAUCGUGUUCGGUCCCACGCUGGUACGAACAUCUGAGGACAACAUGACACACAUGGUCACACACAUGCCUGAUCAGUACAAGAUUGUGGAGACACUCAUUCAACAUUACGACUGGUUCUUCACUGAUGAGGGAGAAGAAGAACCAGAGACGAUGGUGCAGACAGAGAGCGCCGUGGAGACGCAGCCCGUUCCCAACAUUGACCACUUGCUCACCAACAUCGGCCGCACCGGCGUCUCUCCUGGAGAAGUUUCAGAUUCACCCACUAGUGAUUCUGCCAAAUCGAAGGGUUCGUGGGGGUCUGGGAAGGACCAGUACAGUCACGAACUGGUCUCCUCCAUCUUUGCUGCAGCUAACCGUAAACGUAAGAAGGCCAAAGAGAAGCUGCAUGUUAGCAGCUCCGAUGAUGACCUGGAUGCUGUUUUUUUUGAGAGUGAGCUGCAGAACCAUAAACAAAAAGAGAACAAUUUAACAGGAGUCAAUGGGAAAGAACCUGAGAUAAUACCAAAGUGGCACAAAGAGCAUAGGAACUCAUUCUUCUUGAAGAAACCACAUCCCAUUAAGUUCUCUGAAUCUCAAAAAUAUUCUACAUUGCCCAAUCUCCGCCUCCGGACUCCAGCUCCUUCCAAAAGCUCUAUAUCUGAAUCACCUUCUCAGGUGGAGGACCUUGGUGCUUUGAACCCAGGAACAUCUGGAUCUAGACAUCGCUUGAGAAUUUGGGACGCAUCAGCUUCCUCUGCCACGGAUAUAACUCCAUCCAGUGCUGUUGGCGGAUCGGCCACGGCAGAAGUGAGCUCUAUUACUUCAGAUUACUCCACCACCUCCUCUUUGACGUUCUUGACUGGGGUGGAUUCAAGCAUGCUCAGUGCAGAUUUGCAGAGCCGGGGCGGAGACGAGGCAGAUGACGAGCGCAGUGAGCAGAUCAGUGAGGGACGACAGAUGGAGACGGACAGCGAGACAGAGUUUCCUGUUUUCAUCAGAGGUGCUACGACUCCUGUUACUCUGUCUAAAAUCAUUCCUAGAAGGUCAGAGUGUACUACCAUUCAAAAGUCUUUACACCGCUACAUCCUGCCUUCACAAAGGCUAACCACAUUCAAGAGGCGGUCCUUGCACCAGAAGACAGACAGUGAAUCAUCAUUAGAAGCUGGAGCCAGCCGAGAGGGAGAGAGGAUGAGCCGGAGUGAGCCGAGCCGACUAUCUCGUGUUCUGGAAGCAGUGAAAAAAGGUCGUUCUGCGGGAAGCCUCAACUCCACCUCUUCCUCCUCGCACAACCAGACAGAACCAACAAAGCGCCCCAGUAUCACUGAGAGGCUGAAGUCCCACUUCCGCUUGUCUGCAGAUGAUAUGUUUGGAAUCGGAGGGCACAAAAAUAGCAAGAAGAAAGAAAAAAGAGUCCGUCGGAGACACACUGUGGGUGGACAGCGGGACUUCGGCGAACUCGCUGUAAUUAACGACUGGCGUGAACAGGGUGGUGCCGAGAAGGGGGCGGAGCUUUCAGACACAGACCAGCUCAAACUUCAAAUCACUAGAGAUGUUUCCAUUCGGGACUGGAUUAAACGUGACCGCUGGCAUUCUAGUACCUUGCGGGAUGGUUCACAAGGGUCAAAGGUCAUGACUGGAACUGGCGAGGGUUCGAGUUGUCCUGCUUCUUCACUGACUUUUCAGUCUAAUAUGGAUCAGUUGAAUGGGGGUCAACCAAAGUGCAAAGGCAAAGCCAACCUGAACUCGGGCUCUGACGCUCACCCGCAUAAACUGUCCGGGGCUCAAGUCGUGCGCUCGCAGUUCUACCAAUGUUUAUAAAAAUGUCUGCAUAAUGUGUGUGUGUGUGUGUGCGUCUGUAUGUGUGUGUGUUUGUGUGUAUAAAACAAAUGAGAGUGAAUGAACGAACAAACAAAUUGAUUAAUGUUCAUAGAGGUACUGCACAAUAUUUUGUAUCCUUUUAAUCCCUUCUCCUCUUUUUAACAAAGUAUAUAUAAAUAUAUACUGUAUAUAAAAUUUAAAUUGUAUAUAUCUAUAUGUGUAUAGGCUCAUAAAAGGACUAACUGGAAUUAAAUGUAUCAGAUUUAAAUUGUAAUCUCGAUUCUAUGGAUCAAAUCCCUCCUGUAGUUUGUUCACCAAGACGUGUUUGCUGUCAGACGUUUGCAACAGUUCUAAUGGAGCUAAUGAAGUGUGUGAAGUCGAAAUCGACACACUGUGAGUGCAAGCGGCUUCAGAGACAUUAUAUUUUCUAUAGAUGAGCAAUAGAAAUAAUCCUUCAGUCCUGUAGGAAAGGAGUAUUAAGUCACUCCAGGAAGCUCGCUCGUUUUUUCCUACAUAAAAUAAAUCUGAUUUUAAAAUAGGGGGGCACGAUGGCUUAGUGGUUAGCAUGUUCACCUCACACCUCCAGGGUUGGGGGUUCGAUUCCCGCCAUUUGCAUGUUCUCCCCGUGCCUCGGGGGUUUCCUCCGGGUACUCCGGUUUCCUCCCCCGGUCCAAAAGCAUGCAUGGUAGGUUGAUUGGAAUCUCUGGAAAAUUGUCCUGAGUGUGUGAGUGAAUGAGAGUGUGUGUGUGUGCCCUGUGAUGGGUUGGCACUCCGUCCAGGGUGUAUCCUGCCUCGAUACACACUUUUUAUAAGAAAGUGUCAGAGAUUUUCCUGAUGGAUUUUUUAGGGAAGUUACUGGAAUGAUUAGUUCCCAUCACGGGAACAUCAGGCAUACAGUACAUUAUGCAUAUUAUGGCUAUGUGACCUGUCAGAGAUCGCCUGCAACAACAAGCACUUAUAAUGAGAGACAGUGAGGUGUGUGUAGUACACAAUAUUUUGUGUGAUGAGCAUGUAUAGAGAAACCACGUGUCCCGUGUCACUGACUGAACCGGUGGGGAAAGCUAGUUAAGAAAAAUGCUAGUUGUUCAAUAUGGGAUCCCAUAAAGAUCCAUUCUGAGGAUUAAAUCAUGUCCCACUGUGUCAUCACACACAUCAGGGCAUCUGUAGAUGACUUCCAUGCAUGGAAGAUAUGUGGAUAUAUACUUUUUAAGACCAAUAAAAUUGGACCCUCUAUUGGACGUCUCUAUUCAGCACAUAUGUCUUUUUUAAUUACUUUUCAGAGCGCCUCCAGUCGAAUCCAUUCCACUUGGGGAAAUGCCCUAAUAAAUUAAACUCCAUUCCGCGUUUUACCUACAACAUUGACCACGCUCCUGCUUCCUGAAAUCUAUGGGCGUCUGAACCAUUAUAUGUGGGUGGGACAGGACACACCCACGUUUUAUUUGCUUCCGACGCCCAUGCUUCCAUGACUUGUUGGCUAUAUGUUCCAUGAUGCUCCAGUGCGACAAGAAAAACAGAAAGAAACAAACGUCCCACAAACACAUCUUGGUGGAUGGCCUACAUUUGUGGUAAAGGUGAAAUGGUUUACAUUUGUUUGUUUUUUUUGCUGAAAUGUUAGAAGACUGAAAGGAUUUUGUGGUGUUUUCUCCUGAAUAUGAAGUAACAUUAAGUCACUCUUCAAUGCUAUCGUAAUACCAAAUUUCUUAUUAGAAGGCAUGUUUUCAACCCUCCAGGCUGUACACAGCUUGUUCUAAUAGAGUAUUAAUGGUAGAAGUGCUAAUCCAGCAAUACCGUUGUUAGCAUCGAUCUCUGUUUGAAAGUAAAUCGAAAUGUUGUGUUGUGGUGACGGUAAAGGAUUAUACAAGGAAACAAUAAAGCACUAAAUGAUGGCAACACUAACCUACGUUCAUGCUAGCAAGUUACCAGCUCUCCUAGCUUGUCAACAGUGGGCGUGGCUUGUCUGGCAUUCUCUUUUUUUCUUCAAUUCUGAUGAAAAACGUUUUUAGCUAUAUAUUCUUAGCUUCUACACCUGACAAUUUAUAUAACAUGUUAAUCAUCGUGAAAGCCAGUAGCAUCUCUUUAGUGUUGCACUCAUGUCCUUAACAGAUUACAUUAGCACAGCGAGCGAAAGCCCUAUUCGGACGGGAUUAGUUUUACGUGGGGACGUGGAGUAAUGCAAUUUUACCUCAGGACGUCUGUAAUAUUAAUUGGCAAAUUCGCACGGGACAAGACAUCUCAGUAAAACUAGCAGAAGUGGGAGGGGUAACUUGCUUUACGCACCACAGUAACCUCCUUGUCGUCAUGUGCGUAUGACGUUGCUUCCUGUUUCAAGCGCCUCCGUGCUUGCAAAACGUGCCAAAAACUACUUUUAAACAGGGAAUGACGGAAUUUUACCGUACAUAUUUACAGUGGGUCUAUUCGGACGGGAUUAGUAUUACCUGAGGUCAUUUUUCCGGACCUUUUUUACAGAAGGUAAAAGUCGCCGAAAUCUUUACUGACAUUGAUUACCGAGAUGGCGCAUUCGGACGGGACUAAAAUCACAGAGAAGCUCUGGUAAUAAUUACUUUACUCCCACGUAAAACUAAUCCCGUCCGAAUAGGGCUUAAGUCUACAAGCACUCAUUCAGGUCAACAACAACUUCUGCUAUGUCCUUUUUUUUGCUUUUUAGCUUCUCCGUAAACAUUUACCAUGAGGACAUACGGCACCACAGAAGAAACGUAAAGAAACGUGACAUCACACGCGCCACGGGAUUGAUCCAAGGACUCUGAGAAGAGUGCUUUCGAUUGACUUUACAUUGGACUGAUGCUCAUAUCUAAUUCGCAUAGAUGAUUUUACUGGUCACUUCUGUGUAUUUGCGUACGAUCGCCGUCGCUUGCUAGCGUGAAUGUAGGCUGAUGGAACAAGCUAGAUUUUUAUAGUGAAAAAAAAAAAACGCUAAAUUAUAUAGUUUUCUGGACCUUAGAUGUUUGUCUAUUAUUCAGAAGGUGAAUGUGUAGUGGGAAGAUUUUUGUUUUUUUUCCAGUGCAAUGAAGCAGCCAGGUGUCACAAAAUGACGACACAAGAAUGAAGUCAAUUUAUAUUUCUAUAUAUAUAUAUAUAUAUAUGUGUGUGUGUGUGUAUAUGUGUGUAUAGAAGUAUAAAAGAGACAGAGCCUUUAUACUUGUACUACAGGAAGUGCUCAGUCUCAUCUGUCUGUAAUGAAGUGCCUCGACAGCUAAUCUCUGGAACAGGAACUUUUCUUGUCGUUGUUGUUGCUCAUGUGUAACGUUGCAAAUUUUUAUCAUACCAUAGUUUUAUCAUAUCAUAGUCUCCAAACGUGAUCGAUGUUUUUGUACGGAACAAUGUGACAGCGAACCAGUGCUUCCAGUCUUAACUCUUCUUUCAGUCUGUUGCUGGUCCAUUUUUUUAUUUUUAUUUUUAUUUUUUUUUUAACAUGCACAUGUGAUGUCGAUGCAUUGAAGUGGAAACGUCUGCCUCCGAGCCAGGACACACUGAGGAAGGUGUGUGUGCAUGUUAUAAACUGAUGCAUGUGUGAUGACCAAAAUGCUAACGAAAAAAAGAGAAGGUUAAAAACACUGGAAAUAAAUUGUCUUUGUUUUUUUGA